AUGUCUUUAGGCGUGAGGUAUCCCGUUUGCGGAAACGGACGCAUUGUUCCAAAAGCACCAUCUGGUGGCAAUGCAAUAUCCAACUCUCCUCAUGUAUCAUUUAUACCUCAACCACAAAGUGGUACCGUAAGGAGAGAUAGAAAUAGUGCAGACAAAAGUAAAUCUCGGCCUUUAUCGGUUUCGUCAAUACGACAUCUUCCGGUUAAAAUCCGUUCGGGUGCUACGCUGCGCAAUACAUCACCUGAUGUACAUCCUGUUGGACACAAGUACACAUCCUCUAAUAAUAACUCUAUGUUAGAUAAAUUUAGUUUUUUCAAUUACAAAGUAACACCUGGAGAAAAAGCCAAAGGUGGCGGGUUCUCAAAGCGAACAAGUAGUAGCAGUGGUUUUAGUUCAGCUAGAAGUGAACGAAGUGAUUCCUCUAAUAGCGACCCCAGCUCUGGUUCGACCCCAGAAAGACCGGAGGCAUCCAUAUAUCUCACUUCUCCGAGCGUCGAUAGCACGAAAGUCAAUGCUAACAGUUUUUCAAAGAAUACAUUUGGGAGAAAUUUACCAAGAAGCAAAAGCAGCGAAACGAAAACGAUUAAUUAUAAAACUGUAACCAAGAAGCCAGCAUCUUUGAAUUCCACGUCAUCAAACGUUACUAACAGUGCAGCUCCACUUGAAGAAAACUUGGAAAAGAAAGGAAAUAGUACUCAGAAUGAAAAGUCCCAUCAAUCUGUAAACAUUAAAAAGUUGGAGCAAACGAAAAGUGGUAUUCAAAAACUCAAACCAAAAUUAAAUAUUCAGGUAAGUAAGUCACUACCUAAGGAACCCACUACACAAAAAAACAAAUGUAUAUCCAACCGUAAACCUUCCACAACACAAAAAGUCAAAUUGAAGAGUACAGAACCUACUUUGGUUACAGAAAGAACAAAAAAUGUAGAAUGUGUGAAUGAAAAAGACCAGCCUAAACAAAACACAAACUCCGUUUCUGAAAAUAAAAAUCACAAAUACUUUACACUGUGUAUGUUUGAAGACCUGUCUUGUGACCCGGGUUUGCGGAAAGCAAACUCGAAAUAUUCUGGUGAAAUUGACAGUUGUGAAUCAUCGAAUGCAAAUAUCGAAUCCUCAAACCUUUGUGCUAAAAUAAUGAUUACAGCUGGAGCUAAAUCUCAAGAAACUAGAAAUUUAGAAGAAAACCAAUUGGUUGAAAAUAAGCAGAAUUCGGUUCAUCAUCUAAGACUAGAUACGCUCAUUCGUAAGUCUGAAAAUGUCUUGAAGACUAUCAGACCAGAGAUUCCUAGUGUCCCAGAAACCAAUUACCUAAACAGUAGUGAAACGAUGUCCAAUCAAGUGGUCAACAGUAACAUUCCUAAGCCCACUGCGGCUGUGAAGGGAGUGUUUAAACAUUCUAAAGAUAUUCAGGACUUUAAAAGCUCUAGUGACACGAUCUAUGACGAAAAAGAAUGGAAGCAAAACAUAAAAAGUCGAAAUACUUUUAACUUAUUAGGCUCUCUUAAUAUUCCUUUAAAUUCAUCGAAUGGUGAAAAUCAGAGAGAUUUACAGACCACAAAUCAUCGUCAAAUAAACAAAGACUUAGGCGCGACUUGUCAGAAAAGUGACAUUAACUCUAACGUUAAGUUAGGCCUUGCUGAGUCUGAGCGUUAUGUAGACGGACCGCAGAUUAGCGUUUCUGUCGCAAAAGUAUUGCCUAUCAUGAACAGAGAAUCUAGUAAAACCAAUCUAAGAAAGCUGAAUACAGUGUCAUGUCAUACCGAAAACAAGCUAAUAAGAAAAGAUUUGGGGCCUUUGAGGAAAGCAGAAAGUCAGGAAAAUGAAGACCAGUUCUGUCAAAUGUCUAGGUAUCCACUAGUAACACAACAAAUCAAGACGUUAGAAGGCAUCUCAGAUGCAGAAUAUUUUAAUCAAGUGAAAGAAACGCCAUACGUUAUGAAGAAAUGUGAAUUAUAUGAUUCUUGUGCUACAGGCCUCCUCUCUCGGGAUAUGGCAGUAAUAGAAGAAUCAGAUGACGUCAUGCUCAAUAUAAAACCCAUGCCUCCUCUCACACGUGCCUCGCCUUACGGUUAUAUGCGUGGUCAUUUGUCUUCCAGUCGCAACUUGACAAAUAGGUUGUAUAUGGCCAACUUCCCGUUACAAACAGAUGUCAGGAAUACUGAUGAUGGCAGACGACCACUAUCACAACACAGGCUGACGACAGAUGACUCGUCCAAAAUUUAUGGUGUCCCUGUAAAGAGGGCGCUAGGCAAUAGUCGUGCCCUACUAGACGUAAGUUGUUUUCCGGAUAUAGAUUCUACUAAUAUUGUGAUAGGCUACAUGAGUGAUGGAGAAGUGAUUGGGCAAAGUCCUUUGUACAGAGUAGAAGAUAUCUCCAGUGGCUACACGAGUGAAAGCGGACGAUUUCUUUAUUCAAGACAGCCUACCCGCAAGAUUAGCGAGAAAAAGCUUACUCUUAAAGACGCUAAUGUGCUGCAAGAUGACAGUUUUGAUGACGACAGUUCUAUCAACAGUAAACUUAGCGACAAUAUCGUUGACGUCAACUCUGAUGACAACAUGACAGAAUUAUCAAUCAGUACUGAAGCCAAUCAUAAUGGUAGUUCCAAGCGAAUGCCACGAGAUAUAGAAACUAAGAAUCCUCUCGCUGCUUGGGGCGAGAAUAAGCGACAUUAUGAUGAACAUGUUCUCGGAGUGCCAAGUACGGGAAAACCCGCUGCUGGCCGUUCUACAAACAUCAAAAAAACGGACAGCUCGAUGCAGACGGAAUGUAAAGCUUUUCACCAAAUGUCAUCAGCUGUGUGGAAGAACUACCUCCAGCAUCAGAGGAAUAGUGGAUUUGAAUCAGGACAGAUGAAAGAGAAGAACACUAUUUCUACUUCUUCGGCAUCUGAAACCGGGAAGAAUAAUGAAGUUGCAUGUGGAGCUUUUGACAAGUUAAAUGGAAGUCAUAAAGAUAAGUACAAAAGACAAAUGCAGAUACCAGAACAUCAAAAAUGCCCCGAUGGAGACGUCGAGGUUGAGAAAGGAAAUGAAAGAAGCUCAAAUCCCAAAUCAACCAAAUUUAACUCUAAUUUGAUUAAUCAGCCGAUUAAGCCAUCAGUUGAAAGCCAAGAACCUCAAGGGUCACGAACAAUAGUAGUAACUGGAAGCGAAACGAACAACGAGGAAACGUUAACCAGUACGGAUUUUGCCUAUGACAACAACAGAAUAUGCAACUCUAAAUCAAAAAGUAGUUCCAGUAAGGAUAUGUCACUUGACACAAUGAGCAAUGAUGAUUGCAACUUAAACUUUUCUGAUAUUAACUAUAUCCAGUCAUCGAACUUGUCUAGGAAUGUGACCAUGGCAUCUUCUUGUGGUGGUAGAAACAGUUAUAAACGGAAAGAAAGUAUCAAGCUGGUUGCCAACACUCAGACUAACAUGGACGAAAACUAUGUUUUUGAUGAAACUACAGCCCAUUCCGACAGUGAAUACAGUUCUUUAGGCCGCAAAACAUCGAAACAAAAUCCAUUGACUCCCACAGGUAUUAAAGGAUUUCACAAAUGCAGCUAUGGAACGCGUUCUGUCUUUAGUAGGUCGUCUAAUCCCAAAUCAAACUAUGUAAUUCUUUCUGAUUUUCCUCCAAUCAGUAAGGAGCGCUCAGUUAAUAGGUCCCGUCUCUCCGUCCCUGUAAGGCCAAAUAGCACAGACAUAGUGAACUGUGCUAACACAGAUCCCCUUAUGUAUAUAAAUAACUAUGUUCCAUCUUCUAAAUCCUAUGCCUGGUUAUGUUACAGCGGCAGUUCCAGUGCCUCAUUCAUCUCUGGAUCAGGAGCUCGCAGUUUUAGUGGAAGUGGCCUUACUGAGGCCGAGAGUAUGGAAUCUUUAUCAUCAAUAUCAUCCAGUGUGCAUGCUCAGGUUCAAAAUGUCCGUGCUACCAGCCUUACUCAUGCUCGCCUCACACUUCAUCAAAGGGAGCUUUCUGAUUCGCCACAUCUGACUCGUUCCAGCUCGAUUAGAUCGACCAAGUCAGAAAAGCUGUACCCAUCUAUGUUACAACGAUCAGGUGAAGUGAAUAAUGCUGUCUCGGUGUAUACAUCAGUAGGUGGACACGCAAUUGGUGAGAACACCAAUGAUCAACCGACAUUGCCCACAAACUUAAAUAAGCAGGGGGCAUCACGCAACUUAUUCCCUAUUUCUCCAGUGAACCCACUGCCCCAAACUUCAACUAGAUCAGUGAUAACAUCCAGUGUUCCAAUUUCCGGAUCAGUGCCUCAGUGCAUGGGAGGUUUGUUGUCAAGACUGGGCAACAAAACCGAUGAAAUACAUGGCUCGUCCUUGUCCGUUGUUUCUUCUACCUCUUCGAUGUUUUCCACGACAGAGGACAAACAGUCUCAAGAGAUUAAGAAGCUGAAAAGAGAAUUGGAACAAGCUAACGAAAAAGUAGCUGCUCUUACGUCACAGCUCACUACCAAUGCUCAUAUGGUAGCAGCAUUUGAGCAGUCGUUGUCAAAUAUGACCAACCGACUUCAUCAUUUAACAGCGAGUGCUGAACAAAAGUACCUUUGGGAAAGAUCCUGUUUAAUAUUUUUUAUUGCAGAUAUAUAUUUCACUCGUACAACAAACUUCCAAGAUGGUAAACAUGCCACUAUAUCAGUACUUCUGGGUUCUCAUGGUGACUAUUCGAGCUUCAAAGCACAUAAUGAGAACAUCAGUGAAGUUCUUAUAGGAGCUUUCUUGGUCAAUAGCAAGAUGAGCUGGGACCUGAUAGAUAAUAUUGUGAAACAGACAUUUAAGGAGUAUGUCCAAAGGAUUGAUCCUCUAUCAAGCUUGGGAUUGAGCACAGAAAGUAUUUUAAGCUAUCAAGUGGGAGAAAUUGUUCGAGAAAAAGAAUCCGAAAAACCUGAGUUAUUGCCGUGUGGUUACCUAGUUGGUAAUAAUAUGCAAGUUCAAGUUAUUCUUAAAGGAACAAGUCAGAAUUCUGUUGAUGGCCUCUCUUUUGAAACACUGAUUGCCAAAUCAAUAAUUCAACGGUAUGUGUCAUUGUUGUUGGAACACAGGAGGAUAAUUCUAUGUGGGCCGAGUGGAACAGGUAAAACCUACCUUGCUCAGAAGUUGGCAGAGCAUUUGGUUCUGAGAAAUGUUAAAGAAGUCAGUCCUGGUGCUAUAGCUAUAUUUGGGGUUGACCACAAGUCAGCUGAAGAACUUCGGCAGUAUUUGUCUACUGUAGCAGAGCAGUGUGAGAGAAGUAAUCCUUGUGACCUUCCUACUGUGAUAAUUUUAGAUAAUCUUCAUUACGUGGGUUCUCUAAGUGAAGUGUUCAAUGGUUUCCUCAGUGCAAAAUAUCAAAAAUGUCCAUAUAUUAUUGGAACAAUGAACCAAGCCACUUGCUCAACAACAAACCUCCAGUUGCAUCAUAACUUCAGGUGGGUCCUUUGUGCUAACCACAGGGAACCUGUUAAAGGGUUUUUGGGCAGGUACCUCAGGAGAAAACUUGUAGAACAUGAAAUCCAGAGUAAUUCAAAUAACCCAGAGCUCACCAAAAUUAUUGAGUGGAUGCCAAAAAUAUGGGAACAUUUGAACAACUUUCUAGAAACCCACAGCUCUUCUGAUGUUACCAUUGGUCCAAAAUUAUUCUUAUCUUGCCCUUUAGAUGUUGUCAGCUCCCAGGUAUGGUUUACAGAUCUAUGGAAUUAUGGUAUUAUUCCAUAUAUCAUGGAGGCUGUUCGAGAAGGACUACAGUUAUAUGGCCGACGUGCCCCGUGGGAUGACCCAGCAGAUUGGGUCUUUAAAAACUAUCCCUGGCCAACUUCACGGGAAAGAAAAUGCUCACAGUUGCUUCAUUUACAACCUGAGGAUGUAGGAUAUGAACAUUGUUCAACACCAGGAGCAACUGCUGAAGGUCAACAGGGAUCUUCAAGUGAUGUUGAAGCUGAUCCCUUG